AUGAACCCGAAUGGACCUGAAACUCAAUCUAGAGAUCACGUAUAUUUGACAAAAAAAGAUAAUUCUGAAUCAGAAGAUGAAAAAGACAAUGAUACAACUCCUAGUACUGAUCAAAUAAUUUUACAUCCAGUCAAUUUAAUGAAUGUACAAUUAGAAACUGACCUAACAAUACUUUCUAAUGAAUUAAAUACACACUCUACAAAGUUUAAUAACACUCACUAUACAAGUUCUACGGAUUCCUGUAUUAAUGAAACUAUUUCAAGUUUACUUUCAAAAAUGCAUUUAAAUUCGGAUCAUAAAGAUAUAUUAGAGGAAGAGAACUCUAUCUACUUGAAAUAUCGUUACAAUUGGAAUAGAGAUAGCCAUGUUGAUGCUGGGCUUGAAAACGAAUCCCUAGUCAUAAACAAAGCAUAUCUUAACGAUACUGCUGUUAUAGUAUCUGAUAAUGAACAUAUUGACAGUACUAAUGAAAUUAAUAGUCCAAGUCAUACAGAUGACCCGAAUUCUGCACGAAGCUUUUAUUAUAAUAGCAAAUUAUCCAGAAACACUGAUGUUGAUUUCAAUCAUAAUAGGGCAGAUCAACAAUACUGGGACGAUAACAAAUUUUAUAGAUUGUACAAUAAUAUCCAAGUUUUUUUAAUUAGAAAUAAAAUGCCAUUGGAUUUUCUAAAAAUAUUUAAGAGGUAUGUGAAUUAUCUCAUUGAAGAUGAAAUAUAUCCAUUAGAUGACACAUAUAUAACAAAUAUUAAUGAAAAGUUGAAAAAUAACUUCAAUAAUACACCAGAAUUACAACAAAUCGUUUUAUCUUUCCUAGAGCGCCCUAAAAAUAUAUAUAUGUCAUUAGCUCUGGCAGAAUACUCGGGAAAUAAGCAGCUUCUAAAAAAAUACAUGAAAUCAUGGAUGAAAAGAAUUGAUCUUUAUUCUAGACUGACGUAUCAUUGUAAUAGGAGGCUAGUAACGAAGUACUUUCAUACAUGGAUAGGAAGUAGAAAUACCCUCAAGGCCAGGUAUAAUGGCUACAUCUACUCUAGAGGGGUAUCAACUGGUCUUUAUAAGUGGUUAGACAGAUACCGUGAUAUAAAAAAGCAAGAAAGAACAGCCAUACAAGAAUACAAUAGUCACUUAAUAAAGAUGUCACUAAAUCGCAUUAGGAGAAGGAACGACCGGAUACUCAAUUGCAAAAAAAAUAUAAAUAGAAGGAAGCAAGCAGUAUUCUUCAGAUUAUGGAAAAUUAGACAUUCUGAAAAAAAAUAUUGUACUAGAUAUGAAAACACUUUAAAGGUAUUGAUGAUACACAGAUUUCGAGAUACGGUCAGAAAUCAAAAACAGAAGUCAAAUAUUCUUGAAGAAAAGAGUCUUCAGUACAAUAUCUUGAGGCAAAGAUUUUUUUUUCAGAAAUGGCUAAUUAAUUAUACAAACAAUAAAUCGAAAGAAAAGUUUGCGGAACAAUAUCAUAAAACUAUGUUGGUUGAUCUGAUUCGCCGUAUUGUAAAAAGAAGGGAACUUGAGAGGCAUAUUCGGUUAAAAUUAGAUAAAAUUUUAAUGAAAUAUUUGCUGCAACAAGUAUGGCUUAAGAAAACAAAAGAGGAACAUCAAGUCCAAGCGUUUUUAAGUUCAAAACACUCGGCAUUACAGGCUAAGUAUUUUAAUCAUUGGUGUACAAAUUUCAAAUCUCUUGUAAAAAUUAGCAGACUAUGUGUGAAAAGCUCUCUCAAACCGUAUAUUCUUAAAUGGAAACUUAUAUACAAUCUCAAUAUACACUUCAAAACUCCACUCUAUCGUUAUAAUAUUUUACGUCCUCAAUUAGAUAUAUGGUAUCAGAAAUAUCAGUUAAAAUUGGAAAGUAAAAAGCGUAGAUUAGAUUCAGUUUUCAAACAAUAUGAACGUCAAAAAUUAACACAAAUAAUUAGGAGAUGGAAACAACUCCAACUAAGGCAAGAAAAGAUGUUAUACCAAGGAAAUCAAAUUAUUCGGGAUAAAAUAUUAAAGAAAUAUAUAAAACUUUGGAAAAGCCGCUGCAUCCUCUUGCAAAAUAUGCAGUUUCAAGUAACUAAUUUACAAAAAUUUUAUUUUUUAUUGAGGUUAAAGCGUAAAAUUGGACGUCUAAUAAAGCACAAUGGUCAACUAAAUAUUCAACUGAAAAGUUAUGCUUCAAAGAGAAAAAUAUUUCUUAUGCGUACUACGCUAGACAGAUGGAAGGGGAAAAUUAGUCGAUAUACUGAAUGGGAUUAUACGGCUGUUGCAGUAGCUGACUCAGCAUUGCUCAAUCAAACUUACAAAGCUCUUUUGCGGCGUUGGCAAAUUUAUAAAAAAUUUUCUGCGGAUAGUAUAAUAAUUCGAAAUUACCUUCUAAAACUGAAGCUAUUAAAAUAUUGGGUGAGAAAAAAGGAAUCGAUUAGAUUUUUAAACGAUCGUAUAAGCCAUUUCCAGCUUACUGCGAAUUUAAAGAUCUUAAUGCGGGUAUUAAAAUUAUGGAGCAUCAAAUCCCUAAAAAUUAGCAACCAUGAAUCAACAGCGAAAAGAUUUAGGAUACGAUGGGAUAGAGCAACACUGAGAGGUUUAAUUAGAUUAUGGAGAAAACGUGCUGAGAGUUCUCCAAAAAAACUUAGACUUCUAAGAAACACUGAAUUUUCUACAUCAAAGGUAAAGAGUCCUGAAACUCCCUUGAAGAGUAUGUUAGAAACAAUACCAGGUUCCAGUAACAUAAAGAGAAAUAGGUUCGAUGCUUUCAAGAGCAGAUACGGUGGUGUUAGGCGGGCCAUACCAAGUCCACAAAAGAAAUCAUCUCUUACACAAACAGUUUUAAAUAGAACUGACACUCCAAAAAUAUUUUUAUCAUCACACACAAAGGAGAAUAUUUUGUCAACACCUAAUUUACCAUCAGAAAAUAUUUCAACACCCAAGGUAUUAUUUGAGGGUCUUCGCAAUAUACCCAAAAUUCCUCCAUAUCAGAAUAAUAGCACUGAUCUAUCUAAUGAGAAAGGUGGGCGUAAUAAUGUAACAGCUGAAGGAUCUCCUAUUAGCCAUACUAAGAAAUCGUCGCCUUCUCAUUAA